AUGAGCAUAUUUGGAAAAAAGCUUGUUGUUUUUGGCGGAAACGGAUUUCUCGGAAGAAGAAUCUGUGAGGCUGGAGUGAAAAGGGGCAUGCAGGUUUUAUCAGUUUCAACAAGUGGGAAAAUGCCGGAUACUGCUACGGAAUCCGAUAGGGAAUGGAUGAAGGAGGUUAGUUGGAAUCACGGAGAUGUUUUUAGACCUGAAAGCUACACUGAUUUAAUUAAAGAUGCCUUUGGAGUUGCACAUUCAAUUGGAAUUCUCCUGGAGAACCAAAACUACAAAAAAGUGGUUCGUUCAACUGGUGAUAUGUUCGGACUCAUUGAGAGCUUUUUUGCACAGCCAGAUGGAAAUCCUAUGAAGCGCAGUCCACCGAAAUCUUCGCAAUUGAAGAAUAAAAAAGAUAAGAAAACCAAAACUGCACAGAAACAGGCAUUAAACGAGCAAGAGGACGAAAUACAGGAGGAUGAAGAACCAAUUAUGGAUAUGACGUACGACAGAAUGAAUAAGCAAAGUGCACUUGUGCUUGCACAAACAUUGGUGGAGUGUAAUAAGCAAAAACCUGCAUUCAUAUACAUUUCUGCAGAUAGAGGAUUCCCUGGAGUGCCAUCGGGAUAUAUUGAGUCGAAAAGACAGGCUGAAUAUGAGCUUUAUCAGUUGCAACCUGCAAUUAGGCCAGUCUUGAUGCGGCCUGGGUUCAUGUACGAUGAAAAAUCCGCCAAUAAUGGUAUGUUUAGGAACACUUUAAAGGAUGCUUUAUCGGUUGGAAGCACUGUAAAUAGAACAUUAUUCAGAAAUGCAUUGGACGGGUUGGUGAGACCACCAAUAUCGACGCAAACAGUCGCAAAAUGGGCCGUCGAAAAAGCUCUCGAUGAAAAAUUCCACGGACCGGUACUUAUGGAUCAGAUGCUACACAUUAAACUUGAAAACGGAGGACAGAAAAGUGGGAAUAACAUAUCUAAGGACAGCAAGAAGGAGACUAGAACGAAGAAGAACAACUAA